CGAUGGUUCGAUGGCGGUGGUUAGUACCGCGAAGGAAGCAUCGCGCGGAGGGAAAAACCCCCGCCCACCAUGUGUUUGAUGGAAGUUUCGGCACAAACGCCAUCGUUGUCGGGGGGUGUCGUAGGUCCCCAGAAUCCCAUCCGUAGAUUAUCCGACUUCUUGUUUGGGUAAAUGGAGGAAAGCGAUACGAUCUCGCAGCAUGGGGUAUGAUUUAAUGUAGCUGCCUUCCAGAUGUUGGGAAAACAAAAUUUAAGAGGAUAGAUACAACUUGUUAUGUGGGAAAAUUCCCCAAUAUAAGAGAUAAACAUAAGAGACAUCAUGUGGGCACGCCGUGUAAAACUCUUGUGGCAACCGGAAGGGUUGAGGACAACUUCAGAGGCACCAUGGCUCUUGUUAUCUUUGUCUUCUUAUUCAGACUCUCCUGACAAGAAGUCUAAACCUGCUCCUUUGCAGGAAAGGAAAAUGAGAGACAGGAUUAAGCUCUUUGCUAAGGGAGGUGAUGGUGGCAAUGGUUGUUGUAGUAUUCGUCGAAGUCGACGUGAUUCUCGAGGCCAACCCGAUGGAGGGAAUGGUGGGAGAGGUGGAGAUGUCAUUCUAGAAUGCUCUCAGGCAAUUUGGGACUUCAGAAGUGUGCAGCACCACGCACAUGGAGGUAGAGGGGGCCAAGGAUCCUCAAAGAACAUGAUAGGUACCCGCGGAAAAGAUAAGGUUGUCUAUGUACCUCUAGGCACUGUUAUUCAUCUGGUGGAGGGGGAAAUUCCCUGCACGGUUGAAAAGUGUUCUUCAGAAUUAGAUCCAUGGGAGCUUCCAGGUUCACUUGAUGUUCCAUCUGAAUCUAACAGCCAACCUGCUUCAGAUGAUCAGAGUGGAGGAAAAGAAGAUGAAUCAGCACACACCUCUGUUGACACUUCUUAUCGUACUGCAGCUUUAGAAAAGAGAGAAAACGUAGAACAAUCUGCUCAAGAUGCAGCGACUGGUGCUGAAUGUCAUCUUGCUGAUUCUAGCUCAUCAGGGAACAGCAUGGAAGAGGAGACGGUGGAAGAGGAACAAAUAAAGUACAACGUAGCAGAACUAAAAAAGCAGGGAGAGCGAAUAGUCAUUGCUUGUGGAGGAGCAGGUGGACUGGGUAAUGUUUCUACCCCAAAAAUCCCCCGAAAGUCUAACCUAAUACAUCAGUCGCAUAGGGAUGGUGCCUCUGAUCUUGACCAAAAGGAAGGCUCGUUAAAUCUUGGUUUGCCUGGUUCUAUGGCCAUCCUCAUAUUAGAGCUCAAGAGUAUUGCCGAUGUGGGCCUUGUUGGGAUGCCGAAUGCUGGUAAGAGUACUCUUUUGGGAGCCAUAUCAAGAGCUAAACCAAGAAUAGGCCAUUAUGCAUUCACAACGCUCCGCCCUAGUUUAGGAAAUCUGAGCUACGACGACUUGUCAAUAAAGGUGGCCGAUAUUCCAGGACUCAUAAAGGGUGCACAUGAGGAUCGUGGACUUGGGCACGCAUUCUUGCGCCACAUAGAGCGUACAAAGGUUCUGGCUUUUGUAUUAGAUUUAGCAGCAGGGUUGGAUGGUAGAGUGGGAAUCCCACCGUGGGAACAGCUGAGGGAUUUGAUGUUAGAGCUCGAGCACCAUCAGGAGGGAUUAUCUUCUCGCCCCUCCUUGAUAGUGGCAAACAAGAUUGACGAAGCAGGGGCAGAGGAAGUUUACGAGGAGCUGAAAAGGAGGGUGCAAGGUGUGCCUAUCUAUCCCGUCUGCGCCGUCCUGGAGGAAGGAGUAGAAGAACUAAAAGACGGUCUUAGGAUGCUUGUAAGUGGUGAAGCAUCAAACCGACUCAACACGCAUGAUAUUAUGCUCGAGUAGCUUGCCAUCAACUGGCGUGGUUAUCCAUUGUUCUAGGCUUCUCCGAAGCACAAUUUUCCUUACAAUAGAGCUUAGGCCUCAGAUAGGAAAAUAACUUUUAGCGCCUUUCAUACUUCUAUUCUUCCGUGAACAUAUAUAGAAAUGUAUCAUAAAUGACAACAUUUCACCCCGAGGCACUUAUAUCGAUUAGAGGUGCUCCUUUCAUUGUUA